CACCACUAUUUAAGGUUAGAAAUUUGAAAUAAAAGGAAAAAUAUACUCUGAUUGUCUGAUUAGAUAAAAAUUAUUAUAAUUAUGUAAACUAUUGUUGCGAAUUGAACUUUUUUUCGAUGUACACUGAAUACAAAAAGUACUUUUGAAAUAUGGGGCGAAAUAUCCUAGAAAGUAGCCUCAAGUACGCUUCCUUUAGUAUCAUUUUUCAGGUCUUAUUCAGAUGUAUAACAUUCGUUCUUAAUGCUUUCAUUGUAAGAACAUUAGGCCAUGAAGUUCUUGGUAUUAUGAAUGUAAGACUUCUCUUAUUAGAAUCAACAAUACUUUUUCUCUCAAAGGAACCUUUAUUGAAAGCUUGUUUAACGAAUACAAAAUCACACAAUUGGGCCCAAGUUAUCAAUUUAAUAUGGUUAUCAAUUCCUAUUGCAUUUUUAUUGAGUAUAUGUCUAGUCUAUAUAUGGCUGAACGUCUUGAGUCCAGUGGAUGAUAUUUUCUUAGAACAAUAUAAAUGGGGAUGCUACUCUAUAGCUUUAUCUUGUAUAAUAGAACAAUGUACACAGAGUAUUGUUUUAGUUGUACAGAGUUUUUGUUUUGUUAAAUUGAAGAUUAUAUUGGACACUAUAUACAUUUUGGUCAGGACAUUUAUAUUUGUCUGCCUUGUAAUGUACAAUCCUUAUUCAGCCAUUGGGGCAUUUGCAAUAGCACAAAUCAUUUCUGCAAUAAUUUUGGGGAUCUCAUAUUUUGUGUUUUUUGCUUGGUAUAUUCCCAAUUUGAAGAUGCAUAAUAAAAAAGAACAAACAAACUCACAGUUAUUUGAUGAUAUGAAAGAUUUUCCAUUUAGGAGUAUCUUAGAUUUCUUUCCUGGAAUGAUGAAGAAUGAAAACAAUAUGCUCAAUAAGGAACUUUGUGUCCUUACUAUGAGUUUCACAAGACAAUCUUUAGUGAAACAGAUUCUUACAGAAGGAGAAAAAUAUGUCAUGACUAUAUCUCCUGUAAUGACUUUCACUCAACAAUCUAUGUAUGAUAUUGUCAACAACCUCGGUAGUUUGGCAGCAAGAUUUAUCUUUCGUCCCAUCGAGGAAAGUGCCUAUUUCUAUUUCACACAAAUGGUUCAAAGGGAUGUUCCAGUGAAAAAUCAGAAUAAGGAAUCAAUAUCAGAAUCAGCUCUUGUGCUGAAGCAACUUUGCAAUGUGAUAAUCAGUUUUGGCCUAGUUAUAUUCGUAUUUGGGCAGAGCUACAGCUACACUCUACUUUAUCUCUAUGGAGGUCAAAAUCUUGUGAAUAAUAUGCUUCCAGUAACUUUAUUAAAGUUUCAUUGUUUUGCCAUCAUUCUUUUAGCUAUAAAUGGAGUUACAGAGGGAUUUGUUUUUGCUACAAUGUCAAAUAAACAGUUGGACAGGUAUAACUAUGUGAUGGUACUUUUUUCUGUGAUAUUCCUGAUAAUCUCUUAUGUUCUGACCAUCUUACUAGGACCAGUAGGUUUCAUCAUUGCCAAUUGCAUUAAUAUGUUAUCCAGAAUAACUCAUAGUUUUCAUUAUAUCAGAAACAUGUACAGAAACUCACCAUAUAAACCUUUAGAUGGAUUGAGACCUAGUUGGAAGUUCAUUAGUGUUUUACUCAUAUCGAGUUAUUGCACAAAAUUAUCUGAGGGCUCUUUUCUUCGAACCUCCAUUUUCGCUCAUAUAUUCAUCGGAGCUAUAUUUUUCUUCCUUACUAUUGUCGUUUGGUCUCUUGAUAACAAAGAACUGUUGAAGAUUGGAUAUGACAAAUACAAGAGAAAACAAUUGAAAAAAUAAGAAUUAUAUUUAAAGUUUUUAUUUAUUAUCAUAAAUUAUAGUGAAUUAUAUAAUAUUCUUUUUCCUGAAAUCACCUAUUAUAAAAAAAUAUUGAUUAUAUAUGUAGUCAUUUGAUUAAAUCUACAAAGGACAACUUC